UUUCUCUUUUCGCUGCGCUGGGUGGCCGCCAUGUCGUCGCCGUCGCCUGGUCCAUACCACCAGCACCACCCAUCAUCACAACAACUACAGCAACAACAACAUCAGCAGCAGCAACAGCAACAGCAACAGCAACAGCAGCAGCAACAACCGCCGUCGAUGCUGAUUGAUGCGACCGCACUCAAACGCUCAGACGAGCUCUUCCUCGCGCUGCGGCCGUUCCACGCGUCGCUGUGCUGGCCACAGAUGCAGCAGUCGCCAGCACCAGCACAGACACAGGCACAGGCGACCGGACCCGACGGCGCGGCAGUCCCCAAGCCAGACGCAGGCCAAGCCGCCUCUCAAGCUGUCCUGUCGCUGCCUUCGGUGGAGUGGCUCUCUGACUACCUCGUCGCGGACCAGCCCAGCCACAGCAGCCACUCGACAUCCUCAUUGUCAGCAUCGUCGUACUCUGAUGCUCACAGCACGAGUCGCAGCAGCGCGCCGAGUCCUUUCGCUGGAUCCUCCGCCGCUCCUUCCUCUGCUGCUGCUGGAGCUGCUGCUGCUGGUGGAUCUUCCGGGACUCCCAGCCCGCUGCCUGCAUCGACUGCAUCCACCACACUCUGCUCCCAGCUCCAGUGCGAGCACGGCGUCCGCGCGGCAGGCCAAGACCCAGAGUGCUUCAUGAUGCGACAUGGCAAGCUGAUUGAGAAAAUCUUCACAUUCUUCCAUCGCUACGCAUGCCGUCGACGACCAAGGCGCACUCGCAAAGUUCCUGGCUCUGCUGCUGUGACGCGAGCGGGUGAUGCUGUUGCCAGCCCUGCGCGCGCAGCACCGGCAGCCUCGACUCGGCAGCAUCCGCUGUAUUCGCGGGAUCCAGCAACAGUCACCUUGGCUGGAGAGGAUUUGUUCCUCUACCAGUGCGCGUUGCUGUGCGCCAACUGUGCGAUUCUUGCAAACGGCACUGGCAAGGCCGAGUCAUCCAAUGAGAUUGCGGCUUUCAACGAGUACCUCAUGCACGUCUUCCACCUGACGCCUGAAACCCACGCCAAAUAUCUCAAGCAAACCAAAGAAGCGCACGGCUCGAAGCGUGACGUCGAGAUUUUGGUGCGCGAGCUUGCCAAGCAACUCAGCUUCCUGGAGGGCAACUCCAACCCGUUCUACAAUCCCCAGGCAUUUGCUAACAAAAACACGUAUGAUCUUUGGCGACAGCAAGAGCAGACCAAAAUCCGACAGUUGAUUGAACUCUUUUGGGAUUCCGCCAUUCCCGUUGUGAAUUUGUCGAGUACUGGUGGAUCCAGCUCUGGCGGCUCGUCGCAUCCAGGUUCUGGCUUUGCAAACUCAAUCACCAGUCCAACUUCGCCGCACGUCCGUUCCUCUACAACUGCUGCGGGAUCUGCCAAUACUUCUGCGAGCUCUUCCAAUGCGCCUGGCAACUAUCGUAUCAGUCUCUAUCAUGCGCUGUAUGUCACUUUGCUGGAAAAGUUUUUGCAAUACGAGCGGUACGCGGCGUCGACAUCCCUUGACGAGUCCCAGCAGGCGCAGUCGGCCGCUCUGAGCCCACCAGCUUCACGGCUGCUUUUCGAGUUUAGCUUGCGAUACGGCAUUGGCGAGCUCUACCGCAAAAUCAUGCAUCUGAACUAUCUAGCCAAACAUUUCGAAAACACCAUUCUCAGCAUCCAAGAGUCGAACGCCGUCCUUCAAGACAUUCUGCGUCUCUUGCCCCAGCUCCACAACCGAAUGACCAUUACUAUUUCUGAGAAUGAUGUUCUUCGGCAGACGGUUGCGCUCCUCCACGCGCAGGUCCGCAACAGCUUGACUCGAAUCAAGCGUCUUUUCCCGCUCAACACUCCCCAAGGCGGCGUGGCAGGGUUGGUGCAGCUCUUGUCCUCGUUGAUUCAAGCCGAUCGCUUUGUUGGAGGUGGAAAGUCCAAUGCGGCGUACAAUGUGGACUAUGUCCUGACAUGUUAUCUCAAGGAAUCCUUUGGCACUACCUAUCAGCGAUUCCUGACGAUUGCUGCUGACGUCGUGGACGAGAUUCGUCAACCGUCUGCACCCCUGGCCAAGCACCAGACCGCACAACACAAGCUAUCCACAAUAACCUGCCCGUUUACAGCGUCUCAACUGACCUUGCUGGUGGAAGAGCUGGUGGAUGAAGUCGAGUACUACCGAACGUACUAUCAGGACGCCUUCACCGACCAUUUCGACCUUGUCGAGCUCGCCAUUGACGAGUUUUACAGCAUGCUUUGCGCCGAUGUGAGCUCGCUCUGCGACAAGUCCGCUCGAGGUGGUUUUGUGUCCGGCGACAGCGAAGACCUUGACGCGUCAUUGAUUCAACUUUCCUACGCGCUCAACUAUUUGGACUCUAUCUGGGGGCCUCAUCUGAAAGUUUCAGGCGAGGGGCACACGAACUGGAAAGAGUAUUUCGUGCCGAUCUCGAUCAAAUGGAUGGACUCGAUUGCGACCGCACUGAUGCAGUUUGUCGACUUGGCCUUCCAUCUGGACGAUUGGGAAUCCUUCUUUAUCGAUAGCGAGGUGUUUGCUUCUGUGUUUGACACAAAUACCGAGUUUGACCCGUUCCUGGGCCUCGCGCCCUUGCGACCAACCAUGACGUCCGUCUCGUUGAGCAGCGACCAAGAAAGCAACACUGAGGAAGAGCAUGUCGAAUUGCCCAAUUCAAGCUCGCUGAUUGACACCAUUUUCGCGCUUGCUCAACCUAUUCGCUUUGUCAAGUCGCUGCAGUUCCUGGUCGAACCGGGGGCUGGGGCACAGCCGCAGUCGGUCAACGACGAAGUGCUUCUUUUCUCCGAACGACUCAUUGACAUGACCAGCAACAUGGUGCUGCAGUAUGCCAGCAAAAUUUUCUUCUCGGAUUUGCUGGACUUGCCCGAUGGUGCUAUCGACCCUUUGAUUUCUGCUCUCCUCCCGAAUGAGCACGACCAAUCAGCACCGUACGAAUCGCACCGACGUGGGUCGGUCAUUUCAUCGCAACCUCCGUCUGCACGCGGCAGCUUUACCGGAGCAAUGCUCGCAAGUACUGGCAACGCCGGCCUGGUCGCGAAUGGCGUGAUGCUCGGAAGUCCGUUGUCUGGGCGGCUUCAAAGCAUGUCCUUUUCGACCAAGAGUGGAUCCUUCCUUGCAGCAUCCGUCCAGCUGGCCGGGAGCACCCGCAACACGCUCGUGAGCAAGCAGCUGUGCCAAAACACGCGCAGCCUGUUGGAGGCGGUCAUUCGCAUCAAGCGCACUGGUCUCGCGUCUGUAGGCGGCAAUUCAAGCUCUGUGACUCCCGGCAUGUUUGCAUCCAGCACGUCAGUCAAGGGCAUUGAUCCCGCGCGUGCUCGAUCGCUCAUCAUGCAGCAAAAGCGCAAGCACUCCACCAUGCGAACGUUGCACUACCAUCAAGUGCAUGGGCGUCGCAUCCCCGUUGAUCCCAUCACUGACGAAAUUUGUCUGCGGAUUAACAACAUGGAGGCGCUCAUUGCCAUUUUCCCCGAGCUCGUCUCAGUGUUGUGCGGAGGGGGCUUUGUCAAUGACCAGUCGCCGUUCGAUAUGCAGCGACAACUCCAGCAGCAGCAGCAGCAGCAGCAGCAGCAACAACAACAGCAGCAACAACAGUCUCUGCAAGAUCCCUACACGGCCAACUGGGGUUCGACUGGGUCGUUCCUUUCAACACACAGCGAUCUGCACCGAAGUGUGAGCGCCAUCUUGCACCAGGACGGCUCUGGAACUCCCGCAUCCGCGCCUCGCACUGUGACCAACGCCUCGCUGCUCAAAACUCUGCAUUACAUCAAGCACGUGUAUCUCUUCCAGAUUGAAGCGGUCUGCAUCCGCAUCAACGCGUUUGUCAAGCCGGCACUUGAAAUGCUCCUGUUCGAUCUGCGGCUGCCAAAUAUCUCGAUUGAACGCCGCCUCGAGCCCAUUCUGGCGUACCUCAAGUCGCAGUUUACCAUUCUAAGCAGUGUCAUGUACGAAGCGAGCUUCCGUCGUGUUCUCUCCAGUGUGUGGGACGCGAUCGUGGACAACUUUGAAGAUGCCGUGCUUCCGAUGCGCCGCCAGCGUGAAAUUCCUGGAGACCAGGCCAAGACGCUAGAGGAAGCGAUUGCCAUGAUGGUGACCUUCUUCCACGCCGAUGGCAGCGGGCUUUUGCACCACACGCUCUACGAAUCUGUCGGGUUUGUCAUCCGGAUGCUUGAUGUGCAUGCCCUUUCGACUUCGACUCUGAUUGACAUUUGGCUUCGUCUCAAGCGCAUGGACCAUCAGCGGAAUGGCGGGGAUGCCAGAGAUCCCUUGUCCCCGAUGUCGCCCGACGCUCUUGGGUCGACGCACCCCUCCGAGCCCAGCACACCGCAUGGCGGUCUUGCCGAUCCGUGGGGCGUUGCCUCGCCGACAGUGUUUGUGGGUGGCUCUGGCGUGCUGCUCAGCGCGGUUGCGCGCCUCGUCCAGCGCACCACUCCAGUGAAAAAGUCGGCCAGCAGCGGAGUGCGCUACCCGACCGCAUCUGACGAGCGAACGUUUUCGCCUGUCUUUAACGGCAGCAGCAGCCACGGCAGUGCGGGCAUUGGCAGCCCUAGCGUGGCAAAUGGCUAUUCUAAAGGGCAGCAACAGAACCGCACGAGCAGCCAUGUUCAGCUGUCUGGGCUCCCUGCAGCAGCAUCCAAUGGUGCAGUGUCGGCAGCUUCCGCUGGCAGCCGUAAAGAGGCCGACGUCUUCACCGUCGGCUCGGUUCUCUACAAGGAGAUGCACGACCCAGCCUCUGGCCCGCUGAUUCGCGACCGUCGGCCUUAUUUGCUCAAAAAGUACCCCCAGAGCUUUGUCGGCAGCGAGUUUUGCGAGUACCUUGUCAAGCGGAAUCACUGUCGCAGCACCGAAGAGGCGGUCAAGCUCGGCCAGACGCUGCUCGAGCACGACAUUAUUGUCGAUGUGAUUAACGCCAGCCCUCCUACCGCCGAGUCGACGACAUCCGCCGCGCCACUGAACUAUGGCUCGUCGCAAAUGGUAUCAUUACGCGCCAUCACCUUCAAGGACGACGCGUCCAAUCUCUAUCGAUUUGCGUGUGACGAUGAAAGCGGCAAGCGCAAGCUCAACUGGUCUUUGGUCAAGGCCUGGUGCGCGGAGAACGAGACGUUUGUGACUCCCGACGACAUUAUUCAAGUGCUAAUGUGUCGCAAGGACGAUAAGGAGGCACGCACAUUCCUGCGAUCGCCACGCGUGACGUCGACGGCGACCAACACUUCUGGUGGAACAUCGGGUUCGAGCUCGGGAGCCACUUCGCCAACCCCGCAUUCCCACCAUCACCACCACCACCACCACCAGCAACAGCAGCAGCAUCACCAUCACCACAGCAGCAACACCAGCAACAAUCCCCACAACAAUCAUGCCUAUCAGACGACUCAGCAACAUCAGCAAGUGGUGCUCAGUCCGGCGCCUUCUUCUCGCGAUCGCAGCAAUUACUACUGAGUUGCAUGAUUGUGCUGUCUUUGCAUUAUUCGGUGGUUGUUGGGGGUUGUACUUGUUGCGAGUCAUUGUUGGUUUUUUUGCAUUUUGUUAACAAUUCAGUCAUUUACAGUGUUGUACAUGCACUGUUGCCAGUUGAGCAAGCAUCGAUUUCGAAAUACAAACCCAAUUUCGGUCA